AUUCUGAUUCUGGGUCUGAAUCCGAUUCCGAUCAGGAGAAUGCUGGCUCUGGCAGUAAUGCUUCUGGCAGUGACAGUGACCAGGAUGAUGACAGAGAGGCCAUAAAGCCUAGUAAUAAGGAGUUAUUUGGAGACGAUAGUGAGGAUGAAGGGGCAUCGCAUCACACAGGGAGUGACAACCACUCUGAAAGAUCCUACAACCGCUCGGAAGCAUCAGGGCAUUCUGAGCAUGAAGACAACGAUCAGUCAGAUGCAGAGCAGCACAGUGCUUCAGAAGCUGCUCACGAUGAUGAGGAGGAUGAUCACGGGCAUGGGUCGGAUGAAGGCAGUCAUCAUUCAGAGGGAGAGGGUUCUGAAAAAGCACAUUCGGAGGAUGAGAAGUGGGGCAAGGAGGACAAAAGCGAUCAGUCGGAUGAUGAGGAGAGACAGCAGAACUCUGACGAUGAGGAGAAAGCGCAGAACUCUGAUGAAGAUGAAAGGCCGCAGAUGUCUGAUGAUGAGGAAAGACUUCAGAACUCAGACGAGGAGAAAAUGCAGAACUCUGAUGAUGAGGAGAGGCCACAGGCCUCAGAUGAGGAGAAGAUGCAGAACUCGGAUGAUGAUGAAAGGGCCCAGCAUUCUGACGAGGAGAAGAUGCAGAACUCUGACGAUGACGAAAGGGCCCAGCACUCCGAUGAGGAGGACCAAGAGCAUAAAUCUGUAGAGUCUGCAAGGGGCAGCGAUAGCGAAGAUGAAGUUCCACGAAUGAAGCGAAAGAAGCCAAUUGCAUCAGAUUCAGAAGCGGACAGUGAUACGGAAGGACAGAAAGAGCAUGCAGAUGUCAUGGAUCUGUUUGGAGGUGCAGAUGACAUUUCGUCAGGGAGUGAUGGAGAAGAAAAGCCACCAACUCCAGGACAGCCCAUUGAUGAAAAUGGACUGAGUCAAGAACAGCAGGAAGAAGAGCCUAUUCCAGAGACUAGAAUAGAGGUAGAAAUACCCAAAGUCAACACAGACUUGGGUAACGAUUUGUAUUUUGUGAAGCUGCCCAACUUCCUUAGCGUGGAACCCAGACCUUUUGAUCCCCAGUAUUAUGAAGAUGAAUUUGAAGAUGAGGAGAUGCUUGAUGAAGAGGGUAGAACUAGGUUAAAACUCAAGGUAGAAAACACGAUACGAUGGCGGAUGCGACGAGAUGAGGAAGGGAAUGAGAUCAGAGAAAGCAAUGCACGGAUAGUCAAAUGGUCAGAUGGAAGCAUGUCUCUCCACUUGGGAAAUGAAGUCUUUGACGUGUACAAGGCGCCACUGCAGGGAGACCACAACCAUUUAUUUAUCAGACAAGGGACAGGUCUACAAGGACAGGCUGUUUUCAAGACAAAGUUAACCUUCAGGCCACACUCUACGGACAGUGCCACUCACAGGAAGAUGACUCUGUCUCUGGCGGAUAGAUGUUCAAAGACACAGAAAAUUCGUAUUUUGCCAAUGGCAGGUCGCGAUCCAGAGUCUCAGCGCACAGAAAUGAUUAAGAAAGAAGAGGAAAGAUUGAGAGCUUCCAUUCGUAGAGAAUCUCAGCAGCGAAGAAUGCGGGAGAAGCAGCAUCAGCGUGGUCUAAGUGCAAAUUAUUUAGAACCUGAUCGCUAUGAUGAAGAGGAUGAGGGAGAUGAUUCAAUCAGUCUAGCAGCUAUCAAAAACAGAUACAAAGGUGGCAUCAGAGAGGAACGUGCUAGAAUCUACUCUUCUGACAGCGAUGAGGGCUCAGAUGAAGACAAAACACAAAGACUACUCAAGGCAAAGAAACUUAAUAGUGAUGAGGAAGGUGAACCUUCUGGAAAGAGAAAAGCAGAGGAUGAUGACAAAGCAAGUAAGAAGCAUAAGAAAUAUGUGAUCAGCGAUGAAGAGGAAGAAGAUGAUGAUUAAUAUUAAGGAAGCACAAAAGUUGAAACUUUUUUUAUAUAUAUUUAUAUAUAUAUAUUGUACAGUUCUCUUACAGCAAAGAUGUAAGUAACCAUAGUGAGGUUAUUUUGAUAAAGAAAAAUUCCAUUGAAGUCUGUGUUUCUGGUGUGAAUAAAGU